AUGUCCGCCCUGUCGUGCCCCUUCACCAACCGUGCCAUCCACCUGCGCAUCACCCCUCGACCGAGCAACCUGGGGGAGUCGCGCGAGAUCUUGCGUCUACUCUCUGGCUUUGGCGAGAUCGAGUACUACAAGAACCUGAAAUAUGACCUCUUGACGAUGCCUAAUGCGGCGCUAGUCAUCUUUCGUGAUGAGAAAGCAGCAAUCGAAGCAUUGAAGAAGAGUCCUAUCCGCUUUCGAAUGGGGAAGGCUCCUCUGCAGGGAUUGAGUGAUAGGGUAUCGCAGGCGGAGAAGCAAGUGCAGGCGGAAGAGAAUGAGAAGAGGGAGGAAAGGCCGUUGCGUAGGGGUCCGACCGGCACGCCUUUCGGACUCGGUGCGCCUGCUGGAGCUCGAGGGAUCUCAACAAGUGCUAUAAACUCGGCCGACAGCACCUCGCCAGCCUACCAACCCUUCUUCGCGGCCGAGGAGACCACGCCCGAGUCCAUCGCCGUCGAAUCCAAGCCCCAGCCUCGCCGAAGAAGCAACAGCCAACCCCCACCCCGGCCCAUUGUCCAAGACGACGCCGGCGGCCGCAUCUUCCAAAUCCAAACCAACCCCUCCUUCCGCAAAUUCCGCGACCACGUCAACAUGGCACACUACGGCGGCAGCUUCGCCAUUGACUCCCAACAGUUCGGGCAGGAGGACAUGAAGCACAAGGUCCCACUGCUGGGUCUGAGUUGUAUGGAUUGGCGGGCUGCGGGUAUCGAGGGGAGGCCGUGGCAUAUUAUAAGACGGGAGAGGGACUCGGAGAAUGCGGGGCCGACAAGGCGGAAGACUUUGGGGGAGUUGUGGGAGGAGGGGAGGGAGGUUGAUAAGGGCCAGGAGAGCUCGUGGAAGGAGGAUGCAUCCGAGGAGGAAGGCGGAGGACAGGACCGGGGGGCGUGGGAGCCGGCGGCUUGGGGAGUGGAUGGGUGGGAUCCGGCGGGGUAUCAGAGUUCGAAGAGAUUGGGAGGGCGAGGAUGA